AUGUCAGCCCUCGCUGCGGCCACUUCCGGGUCGGGCCCCUUGCCCCAAAGCCUGGCCAAGUUUGGGUGCGCUCGGUGUCGCCAACAUCAUCUCAAGUGCGAUAGAUUAACACCAACAUGCACUCGGUGUCUCAACGCGGGCGAGCCAUGCCGUCCACCGAGUCUCAAAAUCCGUGAAAUUAACAAACAUAGAUAUAAAUUCACCAAGAAACAGAAAUGGGUCAAGACACCUAGAAGAUUGGUCUUCAUCGAUGAAUCCCAAGCCACCAUUCACGAUGCAGAGAGCGCGGAGAGCGCGGAGAGCGCGGAGAGCGGCCCGGAGGAGUCCGAGACAGCAACGGGCUCUGCUACCGUCAUCUCUGAGGUUUCAUCCGGGAACACGCCGCCUGUUAUCAUAUCCACGAAGAUACCUCCUUUACGGCCCACAUCUCCUCGAGACCGCUUGCGGCAGAUGAUGAUCUCGUCUGUCGUUGAUCCGCCCACCAAACCUCCUCCGCUUAAAAACCCUAAUGCACCCAGCUGGCCCUUGAAAAGUGCCGAGGAAGCCCAACUCUUCCGUCAUUUUGUCGAGAAACUCGCUCUAUGGUUGGACCUUUGCGACCCACGUCGCACUUUUGAAACAGCGGUGCCCCAAGUAGCCAGAGACUCCCCAGUGUUGCUACAAGCCAUAUUUGGCUUGGCAGCCCGGCAUCUAGGGCAGACUGGCAGCGAUGAUGGGCUCAAGAAGCGGUAUAACCAGCUGGCUGACACCUACAACGAGGCUUGCAUCAACAUCAUGAAGGACCAUUUGCUCAGCAAAGAUUACCACCAUCCUUGGACUGAGCAUCUUUUCGCUUCCACUAUUAUUCUUCAGGUGAUGGAAGAAAUGAACGCGGGGCUUCGGGAUGAUGAUUUCGACAACGAAGGGGACGCGUCCCACGACGCCGUACGGCGUGGCCACCUGCCCGGCAUGUACCGCUUUGUCCGAGACAAUUCCUUCAAACCUGGUACCCUCGGAGCGGCCUCUUUUUGGGUCGGUCUCAGACAAGAAAUCUACAGCGCCGUGACAAAACGUCAACCGGUGUGUCUCAAUCUCGCACACCCCAGUCUCGUCGACCGGUCGUUUCACGAGGCGGACGAUUACAACUGGGCAAACAUGGCUGUUGUACACUGCGCCGAUGUGGUCAACUUCUGUUUUGGCUCUGAAGAACAAGAGCAAAAGACAUGGGAGGAACUGGACGAGUGGAAUCGAUUAUGGCUGGAGAAGCAGCCGUCGUCAUACGACCCGAUUUUCAAAGAACCCCUGGGUUCCGCCGUUUUCCCAGAAAUAUGGUACCAUCGUAGUUGCCAUGUCAUCAGCAUCCAACAUCAUCGACUUGCCAAAUUGUUCUUACUCGACCACCGACUCAAGCCCAGCAGCCCAGUAGCGGUCGGGGAAAGAGAAACUGUCAGGGACAAUAUCCGAACAAUCAUGCGAGAAAUCUGUGGUAUUGGACUUGGGAACAAAUUCACCCCGCCCGGCAUCUUCACAGCCUGCAUGGCUAUAUCGGCUUUUGGCCAUUAUUUUGACAAAGUCAACGAGCAAGACGCUAUGCUGGCAAUUUUAGAACAGACCCAAAGGGAUCACGCGCGGCCCACGGAGAGCGUGAGGCGGGAGAUGCUCCGGGCCUGGAAUAGGCAUCUCACCGACAACGCACAUGGGAGCCACAAAGGAGUUUAG